AUGUUGAACAGCUCUGUUAACUACCUGAACAAAAACACCUCAAUCAUUCGAUCAAGACAAAUUACCCUUAUAAAGAUGAAAGGAUCAGUACAGAUAACAUCAUCUGCUAUCAUCAUAAUAUUACUUCUAGCAGUAGAUAGAUCAGAGGGGGAUCCCAGAUCUCAAGUCCUUAACUUAACAUGUUCUCAACAUUGUGCAACCUCUGCAAACUUCAUUCCAAACUUUGUGCACGUGAUGGAGGAAAUCAGCACCCGAAUCCAAACAUCACACACAGCAACAACAGUUAUGGGCACAGGACCUGACCUUAUCUAUGCACUUGCUGAAUGCUAUGGUGAUCUUUCACCAGAUGAUUGUAUGAUAUGUUAUGUCGUAGCACGUACAGCUAUUCCUGUUUGCUUGCCUUGCGUUGGAAGCCAAGUGUUUCUUGAUGGUUGCUUCAUACGAACACAAAACUACAACUUCUUUGAGGAGAACGUAGGAUCAAAUGACAUAGUAAUUUGUGGGAAUACAACAAGGUAUGAUGUGUCUUUGGAUUCAACAAUGCAGGUAAUCUCAGAUGCUGCAAGGGAUGCACCAAAAAACAGGGACUACUUUGCAAGAAAGGUGGCAUUGUCAGGGACAACAAAUGAGUCUACCUAUGUGUUGGCGGAUUGUUGGGGGACUUUGAAUGAGAGUUCUUGUAAAGAAUGUUUGGAGAGAGCAUCUUCUUCUAUCUUGCAAUGCUUGCCUUGGUCUGAGGGACGUGCAUUACAUAUUGGAUGUUUUAUGAGGUAUUUUAACACCAAUUUUCUCAAUGAUGACCCAACGAGGGGUAAUAAUGGAGGUAAUUAA